GGACUCCAAGAUGGCGUCAGUCGUACCAUUGAAGGAGAAGAGACUCAUGGAUGUCAAAAUAGGGGAGCUGCCAAGCUGGAUACUGAUGUGGGACUUCACCCCCAAAGGCACUGCUGGAGCAUUUCAAAGAGGUUACUACAGGCAUUACAACAAGUAUAUCAAUGUGAAGAAAAGGAGCGUUGCUGAGGUUUCUAUGGUGCUGGCAGCUUACGUGCUUUUCAACUACGGCCGUUCUUAUGAGGAACUAAAACCUGAGCGAAGACGCAAGUACCCCUGA